UAUAAAGAUUUCUUGACACUAGGAUUAGGGAAUGCGAUCGUGGAAGCGGCUACAAACAUGAACAGAUUACUCGAAAAUUUAUCACCAUCGCGUCUAAUAAGGCGAUUCAAAGAGAAAGACGAAAGCUACACCAUCAAGUUUCAGAUGCCCGGGUUGUCAAAAGAUGAUGUGAGAAUCACAGUUGAAGAUGGGAUGUUGUUCAUUCGAGGCGAGCAUAAGGACGAGGAAGAAGGUUCUGAUGACGAUGAAUUUUGGUCGGCUGCCACCUAUGGGUACUAUAGCACUAGUCUCAUGCUGCCGGAAGAUGUGAAAGUGGAGGAGAUUAAGGCGGAGAUGAAGGAUGGAGUGUUGCAUGUUGUUAUACCAAAAGAUGAAACCAAGAAGAAGCAAAUUAAGGAGGUUCAUGUUGGUUAGUUUUUAUAGAAGUGUGUGAUGUAUCAUGUGUGUAUGUUGUGAUUUGAUAUGUGUGGUUGUAAGUGCUAGCUUCUUGCUAGUUGGUGUGUUGGUAUAAAGUUGGUUUUG